AUGUGGCAACUUCCAGUGAAUUUGGUAGAGGAGGAGAUACUCUGUCGGGUUCCGGCGACAUCUUUGAAACGGUUACGGUCUACUUGCAAACUAUGGAACGGUUUAUUCAACGAUAGGAGAUUUAUAAAUAAUCACUUUGAUAAAGCCGCAAAGGAGUUUCUAGUUCUCAUGUUAACAAAGGAAUACAGGAUUUGCUCAAUGAGUGUCGAUCUCAAUGGAAUUCCAUCUGCAGAGUUUAAAGGUGAGCUUAGCUUACUCGAUCAUCUUUCUUCUCAUCUAGCUCAGUUCUAUAUAUCUCAAGUCGUUCACUACGAUGGCAAGCUGCUAUGCACCAACAAACGGUACACCAGACUCGUUGUUUGGAACCCGUGUACCGGUCAAACCAAGUGGAUCGCCCAACCCAUAGAUCGUUUGUGGGCAGUUGAAUUCUACACUCUUGGAUCUUACCAAGACAAUAACUCUAGCAAUAAAAGCUACAAGAUACUGAGACACAGGGGUCAUGACGAGAACCAAAUAUUAGAAAUAUAUGAGAUUAAAUCUAGUUUAUGGAGAAUUCUUGAUGUCACUCUAGACUUUCAUUUAUAUAAUGGUUCCAGCGUGUGUUUGAAAGGAAAGACUUACUGGUUUGCUUCCGAUAAAAAGUGGGAGAUAAAACCCAUCAAAUUCUUAGUCAGUUUUGAUUAUACAACAGAGAAAUUUGCACGUCUAUGUCUUCCCUAUCCGUAUUUUAAUUAUGAAAAUGUGGCUCUAUCUGUUAUUAGAGACGAGAAGCUUUCGGUGUUAUUACGAAUACGACGCAUAAAUACAACAAAUAUGGAGAUAUGGAUAAGAGAUGAGAUUGAUGAGACCAAAGUGGUGUCGUGGAGCAAGAUAUUAGUAGUGGCCGAAAUUCAACCUGGCAUUUGCCUUUCCUCAAGUUUCUUGGUCGACGAGGAGAAGAAAGUCGUCCUAUGUUCUGAUAGAUGGAUGGAGGAAGAAGACGUGAGAAAGUCCUACGACUUGGUAUCAAUUGUUGAGGAGGAUAAGGAAGUCAAACAAGUAUAUUGUGGAGCAUCUACAAUGCGUUCAUGUUGGCCACUUUUGUUUAAUUAUGCUCCAAGUUUGGUUCAAAUCCAGUGA